AUGGCAGUAACAGCAAGCGACAAGGAUCGCUGGAACUUGCUCUCGCCGACGGCUUCCAAGUCCUUGGCGAAGGAAUUCGACUUCGGAGAUGCCACAAAGGGCGGUUUGGGCGGUGUGGUAAAGGGGAAAGAUCGCUGGAACCUCCUGCGUGACAAUGUCCAAUCCCUUUCUUUACAGGCACGUGGUGCAAAUGCCUUUUCCAGCGUGGCACGGGCCACUUCGAGCCCUUCGCAGCGCAUCCAGCUUUUCUCUUCCACGCUGCGGAGGGCGGCCGCUCGACAGGAGAAGGUCGAUGACUUGAUAGAAUCUCCGGGUGCCAUAAGUGUCAGAACAGCCUCAGAACCUGCCCCGGAGCCUGGCGUAGCCGGCGACUCCGAAGUACCGCCCUGCCAGGCAAGCCUGGACACCGAUUUGGAGGGCAAGACAGGCAAGGAGAUUGGAGAGGAGUUUUCCGAUUGGGAGUCCGAGGCCGAAGACAACGUUUCAGUCGACAAGCACGGAUUCCUCACCGCCUGUGACGACAUUGUCGCAAGCCCUGCCGUACACGUGCUUGGUCCUCAGGAGAGCGGUCCUCCUUCCGGGCUUUGUGGCGCGGAAGACGUCGAAGUGGGGGGGACAGAAGAGGCGGAGGCAGAUCCAGGUUGUCCCAUACUUGAAAGUGCACCUCCAACCGGCAUGAAAGUCGAGGCAAGCAGCGCCUCGGGUGCUCCGCAAAGCAGAAGACAAAGCGGUGCAGGAGAGACUGCAGUACCAGAUCUUGUCAGCCGCAUGCUGGGCGGGCUUCCUGGCUGGGCAGCUUUUGCAGCCGCAGAUGAGUCCGAGGAGGAGGUCCACAAUGCUUGGGGUGAACACGAUACAGACGACAUGCUGGGACUGCGAGCUUUUGAACUGCAACAGGCUAGAGGAAUAGAGGUGCCGGGAACCCCGACAGCGGCACAAGCAAGGCUGGCCAAACGGAAGCAGAAGGCACAGGAAAAAGCUAAGCGCAAAACGCAUUUGGAGGUUGAAACCGCCGAGAGCACGGGUAGCCAUCUGUUCGGUAUGAUGUCCAUGCUCAGCAACCUUACCAGUGCGUCGGCUACCGGCUCUGCGCAUGACGAUGAUGAGGAAAGUGUCCAUAACGCUUGGGGCGGUGAUGACUCCGACUCGAAGUUUGUAGAACGCGGUGCUGAACUGGAGCAUGCGCGGGGAAUGGUGGUGCCCGUUCUCAAGGUCCAGACGGGUGGACGCGAGCGGUUAGCAAAGCGCAGGCAGAGAGCGGAAAAGAACUGCAACAUGCAUCGAGGAGUUGCCGAAGAAUGCGAUGGAAGUGCCACGAGCUACCCUGGCAGAGCAGCAGCAUCCGUAUUUUCUGCUGCCGCUACAAGCAUCGUGCAGUUUCAGCGGCUCAUCAACUACGUGGCAUCCAGCCAGGACGAUGAGAUUGACGAGGUUUUUUGCAUAUGGGGUGAGGAUGAUACUCCAGAGAGAUUCCACGAGCGCGUGGCCGCAAUGGAGCUUGCCCGCUCCGAUCAAAGCGGAAGACUUCCACAUCACAGAGUUCUCCGACAGAAGCGCAAGGGGCGUGCCAGCUCCCAGAAGAAGGAUCCAGAUGAUCCUUUUCUUCUCGACCUGCGGCAGCAGAUCGAGUAG